AGCAGCAGCUAGCUAGCAGUACCACUAGCACCAGCACCGCCACCUCCAUCGUCGCGCGGUUGGCCGUCAGUAGAGCCCGGGACAGACUGCCGAACGCGCACACGGAGGGUGCGUGUCGUCGUCCCUGGGAUUGGUCGUCGGAUCGGGUUUGGUCAGUCAGUUGGUCGCGUACAUACGCGCGAUCGCUUCGCCAGAUCAACGGUUUCGCUUCCGUUUUCUUCCCCCCUCUCUCCCUCCCCCGUCCGUUGUUUGUCGUCUCUUUCGCGUUUGUUUCGUUUUCUCUCUCCCCCUUUCUCCCCCACGCACCCCCCUCCCCCCUCCCCCUCCACGAAUGUCGCUGCAAAUUUCACGAGCGUGCGAGACGUGAUCGUCGGUGACGCGUAACGGUGCGAGCGCGAACGUCUUCCGGCGGAAAUAGCAGUGACAGCUGCGACGAGAGGAGCGAUCGGAGAAUGAAGACACCUCGUGGAUAGUGAUGUUGAGAGAGAGAGAGAGAGAGAGAGAGAGAGAGAGGAUGCAGGUGGUGUACCAGUUUGUGAACUAGACGUGGAGAUUCGAUACCAUCGGAUCGUCUGAUUACUAGUUCCUUCGAUUCUCCAUCGGCCGCGAUGCGUGCUGACGCAUCGGACUGGAGCAGUCGGAGACGAUCGCCGUCCCGUUAUCGGAUGCUCGUUGAUCGAACAAAGCCAGCUCCAACGUAUUGACUGUGCGUCGACGAGAGAUAUCGGCGAGGCCUGGUGCGGAAAUUUCGAAAACGCCGAGUGCGCCGAGUGAGACUGAGAAUCGCAGGUGAAGCUUCCGCGCGAGCUGCCUACGAAUACUAUCGAGGAAUUGAGUAGUAGAGUGCACGCAUCGAUAACGAGCAAGAGGACACGAGUGAAAUUGCCAAAUUGUCCCCCUACACUGCAUCGCCGGACUGAACUUUGAAAACUUUCGCCGGUCGAAGCGCCAGCCAGGUCGCACAGCCAGCAGAUUCCCCGGAAGCUCUUUUCCGCCUCUCAGCCUUCUCUCAGAGGCUGGCCACAGGUGUAAAAAUUCGGAUCCUCGCCGCCGAUGCUUUCAUCAAAAUCAUUCGCCGACGUCGACUCGAGCUCGUCGUUCCUUGGACGAACAACAACAACGACGACGACGACGACGACGACGACGAAACGACGACUCGCGAGAGUUGCUUGCCGGCCACGCACGCCCUCGAGGAUGGAAUUGAGAGCCUGGCAGCCGACGAGCGCGUUAGCACCGAUCAUUCGCGGGUUCACGGUGAAGUUGUUCAGUCAGACUCGGGUCGCUGAGAAAGAGAGGGUGAACAGUGUUGGGUUGCACUGGCAGUCGGGCGAGGAUCGCGAAGAGACUGAGAGCGGAGGGGGAGAGGAAGCGAUAAAGGGGCGAGAAAAGGGUGACAAGGCGGAGUGUGAUUUAGCGUUAGACGCGGAAAAGAAAGAAGAAGAAGAAGAAGAAGAAGAAGAAGAAGAAGAAGAAGAAGAAGAAGAAGAGGAAGAAGAGGAAAAAGGUCCCCUGGCAGGAGGGCCCCACAGAUGCGGGGCCCGGAGGGGCCAGUCCGCGGCGGCGUGACGCGAUGCGGACGUCCUCCUCCUCGUCUCCGAGGAAGAGGAAACACCUCUCGCCUCUCGACCCUAUCGAAAGAAGACUGCCUCCGUUGGACAAUAGUCUCGGCCUGUCGUUUCUCUUGCGCGAUGCUCGCGUCGAUAACGUCUUCCAGCGAUGCCUCUGGCCAUCGGCAGUUGCCGACGCCGAUCGCGAGGCUCGCUCACCGCGGCGUUCGAACGUUGGAUACUCGACGACUGGCGGAGAAGGCGAGUGCCGGAGCCCGAUCAGGGACGGAUCGGUGGAGACUCGUUACGAGAGCAGAUCGAAAAAGUGUUUGGCGACGAUGGUCGUGUUCCUCGGAUUGUUGUGCGGACAUUGGUGCUCCGGAGGGGCGGAGGCGCUCGCCGGCAGCCAGAAGUACAGCACGCGAACGAUCAGGACCAGGUACGGGACGUUGCGCGGCGUCGAGGACCGAUCGUCCACGUCCGUGGAGGCUUAUUACGGCGUGCCGUACGCCACGCCGCCGGUUGGAUCGCUGCGAUACAUGCCGCCGGUCACGCCGACACCAUGGCGCGGCAUCAAGUUGGCCGACACGAUGCCACCCGCCUGCCCCCAAAAGCCACCGGAGCCGGACUCGAGCCAGCCCCGUUCGAAACGCGCUCACCUCGAGAGACUAGCGCCGCUGUUGGCCAACCAGAGCGAAGACUGCCUAUAUUUGAACCUCUACGUACCCAAAUCUCCUCACGGUAGUACCCCAGACUUGUUACCAGCUCUUCUUUUAAUUCACGGUGAUUCCUAUUCGUGGGGCGCUGGAAAUUCCUUCGACGGCACUGCAUUGGCUGCUUAUGGUCGUCUCAUCGUCGUUUCUAUUAAUUUUCGCCUUGGUGUACUCGGUUUUCUGAAAACAGGUCCGAAGGGGAGCGCUCAAGGAAAUUACGGGUUGAUGGAUCUAGUGGCAGGGCUUCACUGGUUGCACGAGAAUCUCGGUGCUUUUGGCGGUGACCCCGACAAGUUGACGCUCUUCGGGCACGGUACGGGUGCCGCGCUCGCCAAUUUUUUAGCCGUCUCGCCCAUGGCGAAAGAGCUAGUCGAGAGGGUGGUUUUACUUGGCGGUUCAGCCCUGUCACCGUGGGCUCUACAGCGUGAUCCGUUAAUGGUGAAACGUCGCGUCGCCAAUCAGACCGGAUGUCCUGGUGACGUUGAGGCUGACGAUAUCGCACCGUGUCUUCGUUUGCGGAGCCUGGAGGAGCUUCUCGCUGUGCACUUGAAUCCGCCGAGAUUCACUUCUGGAUUCGCUCCUUUCGUCGAUGGGGCGGUCAUGCCUCCGCCGAUCAAUCAGAACUUCCAACCGACCGCCUCCUCCUCGGGGUUGAUGCCGCUGGUGCCCGGGCCUGGCGCCGAGUUCGCUAAUUUCGGCGAUCGAGACCUCCUGCUGGGAUUAACGUCCGAGGAAGCCUGGGUCAGCCUCACCGACGACGAUCUACAGAACGGUUUGAACGAGACCAGGAGGGAUCGUAUCCUGCGCACAUACGUGCGUAACACGUAUCGCUACCACCUUCACGAGAUCUACUCGACCCUCCGCAACGAGUACACGGACUGGGAGAGGGGCGAGCAGAGCCCGUCAGCGAUCUGCGAGGGUCUCCUUUCGUUGCUCGGUGAUGGCCAGGUGGCUGCCCCUCUUCUUAGGCUGGCGCUGUUGCACUCGACCGCCGGCGGACGUGGCUACUUUCUGCAUUUCCAGCUCGGCGACCGGCCAAGCCAGAGGGGCGAGGAGGUGCCCUACCUCCUCGGGACACCUCUGCUUCGCGCGGACGACGUGCCCGUUCUCUUCGCCCAGGCAAACUACACGCCGACCGACGAGAACCUGUCCAAACUGCUGGUCCACUAUUUGGCCAACUUCGUGAAACGUGGGGACCCGAACGGCGUCAGCCCGCUGACAUCGGGACCCGACGGACUUCCGAGCAGCCCGCCGUUUUGGGAUUCGUACGACUCGAUAAAUCAGCUGUACCUGGAAGCCGGCCGUAGCACGGAAAUGCGGUCGCAUUACAGAGGCCACAAGAUGUCCCUGUGGCUGAAUCUGUUGCCGCAGCUGCACCGACCCGGCUACGAGAUCAGCAUGCGUCACCAUCACCUGGUCGAGAACCCGAGCCUGUACGAGGGCGCGGUGCGGCCGCAGACGAUGGCGCUGCCGUUACCGGCGCCGCCGCUUCCGGUGCCCUCGCCCACCGAGCCAUCCUCCAUCUCCAGCGCCACGAUAUCGACCACCGAGUGCACGCCGAACGCCACCGUGGCCACCACCGUGGCCACCACCACCUCGUCCAGGCCGUUGCAGCACUCGAACCUGGGCCCGGGGCCCAACAACCUCCUGAGGAAGCUGGCAUCCAGCCACUACCAAAGCUACACCACCGCCCUCACGGUCACCAUAGCCGUCGGCGUGUUUCUACUGCUGCUCAACAUUCUCAUAUUCGCGGGGAUUUACCAUCAGAGGGACCGGAACGCCUCGAACGUCGCCGGCGGCCUCUCGUCCGCCUUUAGCGACAAGAAGAAGGAGGAGCUGCUUGAGGCGGGAUGCUCCGGCAUCGAGAUGUCCUCCGGUAAGCAGAGGCUGUCCUCGUUGAACCUGAUGGACUCGCCGUCCUCGAGCCCGCCGUCGCACAAGACGAAACUCGCCCAGGAACUGGAGCUGCAGCUGCAAGAGUUUCAGUGUUCACCGCCGCCGGGCGGCGGCAAGCGCGUGCUCGAGCCACCGCUCUACAGCAGGAGCCCCUGCGUCCAGAGGACGCGCACUCCGUCGCCCUGCGUGGACGCCACCACUGCCAGGAUGGACGACGACGACGACGACGACGACGACGACGACGACGACGACGAUGACGACGACGACGGGGACAGCAGCAGCGACGACAACGACGACGAGAACCUACCGGAACCGCCGCCGCCGCCCAAAGUCCCGGCGCCCAACGUCAGCCUGUCCUGUCCGGGGAUCCUCAGGCAACCAGGCACCCCCGGCAGCGCCAAGAAACGCGUCCAGAUCCAAGAGAUCUCCGUGUGAGCUCUGUCGAUACUGUACCGCUGGCGGUA